AUGGAACGUAAAAUUAAGUCAACCACGUUCAUUAAAAUUUUUGUGUUAAUCAUCUUUAAUUUGAUAUAUCAUUUUAACAUGAAUGAGAGAGUAUUUAAUAGAUCUAUGGAUGAAAGUUACAAACAUGAUAGAAGAUUAGAUACAAAAAAUUAUAGAAUACUAGCAAAAUGUAUACAGAACAGCGAUUCAUAUACUUUCGGGUUAAAAAAGAAUAUGCCAAAAAAUACAGAAUACGAAAAAAAAGAUAUGUCUAAAAAUGAAAAAGUGGACGAAAAAAAAAAGAAACAAUUAAAUAGAAGUUUAUUAAAUAAGGCACAAUAUUAUACAGAAGUUACCGAUUAUAAUAAAGGAAUGUUUGAUGGAAAACAUUUCCAUUUUGAAAAAAAAUGGAUUAAAAAAAAAGAUUAUGACAAUUUUCUUGAAAGAAACAGGAGAAUUUGUGAUAUAUCUUUAAAAAAAAUAAAAUUUAGAAAAUAUGGAAUUGGAAUUACACUGUUUCUUAUUUUUGUUUUUCUGGGAAUAGGAAUACCCAUAUUGUCAGGACUGGAGUCUUUGAAAAAUGCAUGGAACAAUAUUAGCGAUGGUUCACCAUGGAAUCCUUUAAAAACAUUUAUAGAAUCAUUGAUAAAGGGAAAAGAAUACUAUAUUUUUAUAGCAUUAUUUAGCGUACUUAUGAUUAUGUUAUCUAUUAUGAUUAUAAUAAGUACUUACAAGAUCUUAAGAAAUAAUGAAAAAUAUAAUAAAAUUAAGUUAAUAAAUGAGUAA